CCCGCGGCGGGCAAGAUGGCGGCACCCAUGGCCGCGGUGGCGGCGCGCUCCGUACGCUGGGCCGUGCGGGCCGCAGCGGCGGGGCCGCUCCGGCUGGGCCCAGGUGUGAUGCGGAGCAGCGGGGCCGGGGUAACGCGGCUUUGGGUGCUCUCGGUUCAUUCCUUGCGCUGCUUUCUUCCAGCCCCUUCCAGAUGUGUUCCGCGGCCCGCCCGCUGCAGCGGGAGCAGCUCGGCGCUGGGCAGCAUCCUGGGGGUCCCCUCGGAGAAGCCGUCCGGAGCGCUGGGCCAGCACCCGCCGCCCCUUGCCACCAGCAGAGAGGAGCAGGAGCGGCUUCUGCGGGGUCGGCCCGACCAGCCCCGCAACCCCAAGGUGCUCCGAAUCGCCAUCAUCGGGGCGCCCAACGCGGGCAAGUCCACGCUGUGCAAUCAGCUCUUGGGCAGGAAGGUCUUCCCUGUCUCCAAGAAAGUGCACACAACGCGAUGCAAGGCCCGCGGCGUUGUCACCCACGAGGACACUCAGCUGGUCAUUCUGGACACACCUGGCCUCACUAAUCCCUUUAAAGUCAAAAGACAUAAAUUGGAUGCAGCCAUGCUGACAGACCCAUGGGACAGCAUGAAACACGCAGACUUAGUUCUGGUUUUGGUGGAUGUGUCUGAUCACUGGACACGGAACUCCCUGAGCAAGGAGGUGCUGAAGUGCCUGUCCAAGUUUCCCCAGGUCCCCAGUGUCCUCGUUCUGAACAAGGUGGAUCUGCUAAAGAAGAAGUUCCUGCUGCUGGAGCUGGUCAAUGAGCUGACGGAGGGAAUUGUGAAUGGAAAGAAACUGGAAGUGAGAGCUGCGCUUGAACAGGAUUCCAGUUCUUCCGCAAAGUCUCCUCUUCAGAUCACUCAGGCUUCACCAUGUGAGAGCAGGGCCCCCGAGUCAAGCCCAAAUCGAGCCCAAGGUGGCUCUGGCUUGGAAAACCACAGUGGUGUGAAGGCUUCAGAGUCCAGCGUUGUCACACGAGAAGCACAGCGGCCGACUGGAAAUGGACCCAAAGAGCUGAAAGACAGGAAAGGUUGGCCGGGCUUCCAGGAAAUUUUCAUGCUGGCAGCUCUCCGUGGGGAGGAGGUGGAUACACUCAAGCGGUACCUCCUCCUGCAAGCCAAGCCAGGCCCUUGGGAGUUUCACAGCGGGGUCUUGACCAGCCAGUCACCUCAGGAGGUCUGUACCAAUAUCAUCAGGGAGAAGAUACUGGAGUACCUGCCACUGGAAGUGCCCUAUGGUGUGACUCAGGUGACAGAGAUGUGGGAGGAAGGAGAGUGUGGGGAGCUCCUCAUUGUGCAGAACCUCGUGGUCCCAAGGAAGUCUCAUAUGAUGAUGCUGAUCGGGAAAGGAGGGAAGGUCAUCAGCAGGAUUGCUCAGGAGGCUGGCCAGGACCUGAUGAACGCUUUCCUGUGUGAUGUCCGCUUGAAGCUCAAGGUGGAGGUGAAGAGUUGAGCUCUUUGCCCAUGUUUUAACAGACUUGAGCUCUCUGUUUGUGCAGAGAAACCAGUCCCGUUUUCCCCCACGGGUCUCUUGGCGCCUUUGUUCAGUCCAGAAGCAGAGAGUGAUGGCAUCAGGGUUGAGGCCUGAAGUAGGAUGUGUUAUUCUCUGCGGGAAUGGCCCAAACUGAAACAAAGCCUUCAGACCUGCCACUCUAUGGAGCCCUUGGCACAGAGGACGGUGGAGCCCAGCACCCUCCUGAGCUGCACGUGGAUCUGGUGGUCGGAGGCUUGAGUUUCCUCUCCACAUGAGGCUGUGCUCAGGUGUUUGGAGCCAGAAAUGCAGGCCAGUCCCCAUGUCCUGUUAUACAUCAACGUCGCUGAGUGAGGAGAGCCCAGGCUGCUGCCCCAGCAGUGAGGAGAU